AUGGGCGAGGAGGCGGCGGACGGCGACGGCGACCUGCGCGUGUUCCUGGCGCUGUACGCGGCGGCGGGGUCGUGGCCGCUGCCGGGCGGCCGCGCGCCCGCCUGGCACCGCGCCUACCGCCUGCUGAUGACGGCCAACAGCGCGCUCACCGUGGCGCUGAUGCUGCGCGACGCGCGCCGCGCCGACACCGCCGCCGGCGUGGUGGGCCGCCUGGCGCUGGCGAGCGCGCUGCUGGCCAACGCGCUGCUCACGCUGGGGGCGCUCGCCCGCCGGCCGCGCCUGCUGCGCCUCGCCGGCCGCCUGCGCCGCCUGCCGCCCGUGCCCGGCAGGCUGCAGCUGCGCAGGCGCGUCGCCCGAGCCACGAUGGCCACGGCUGCGAUGCUCUGCGUGCACUGCACCUCGCAGGUGACCUACUGCCUGCUCAGGGGCCCUGACCAGUUGAUGGCAGACGUCCGCUACCCACUCGCUGACAGGAUGGAGGACGCCCGCACGCGCCAGGUGGUCCUGCUGCUGGUGCAGACGGGCGUGGUCUUCUACCAGCUGUGCAACUUCACCGCCUUUGUGGGGCUCUUUAUGUACCUCUCACUGCUGGCGCGUGCGCACCUCACCGCCAUCUGCCGCGCCCUCACCCAGCAAGCCGCCGACGUCGACCUGCGAGCCAUCGUGCGUCACCACCAGGAGGUGCUCAGUUUCCUGCAGGAAAUGGAAGCUGUUUACCAUCCGCUCUUGCUACUAGACUUCUUGCCACUAGUUGUGGUAAUAUGUCUUAUGAUAUUUGUGUUAAUAUCGAUGGAAGGCGUGGACCUGAUGUUUGUGCAGACACUGACACUGUUCGUCCUUUAUUUCCUGAACGUCGGCACUUUCUGUUUCUUUGGCACUCAGAUAACCUCACAGGCGGAGGCGGUGGCGCUGUCGGCGUACGGCAGCGGCUGGCAGUCUCGCGGCCGGGCCUUCGGCGGCGCCGUGCUGCUGGUGCUGCAGCGCGCCCAGCGGCCCUUCGCCCUCACCGCCGGCAAGUUCGCGCCCGUCUCCAUCACCACCUUCUCCUCGAUGAUGCAGGACGCUUUCUCGUACCUCAUGGUGAUGCGCAGUCUGAUUGGUUCCAAAGACAGCGCGUCGCCUGCCGGUGAUGGGCAGGAAGUGUCUGUGGCAGCAAGCAACCACACGCUGACGCUCUGACCACUUCGCUGUCACUACACCACACACACACCUGUGCUCCACUGCCUCUGGGAACAGCACCAGCCAUCAACAUCCGAUUGAAUAUUACUUUUCUCAGUCUUAAAUUAAUGUAAUAUUCAGUUUUCCUUGUUGAA